GAGCCAUGUCAGAGACCGUCUUCACAGAGGUAAGAGUUGAACGUUCAAGAACACAGGAGGCCGAGGCUCCUCGUGCUGGCAGAUCAGAGAGCCCGGGACUCAAUACGCGUCCGAAUCGGAGACGCGCUGCCACCGUGGGGCGAGUGUCCGAAAUGGAGUCUCGCUCAGCAUUUCGAGCAGAAGGCAGCCUGUGGGCGUUCGCGAUUGUCAGGCUCGGGGGCACACUUACCUCAUCCCGCCAUGCAGAAGGUCAAACGAUAAGUGACAAGUCGCCCCCGAUCCGUCAUACGAGGGGCUCGUCGGCAGGUUCUGCCAGAUUAUGCCAAAGAAAACUGGGUCCGAAGGGAUGAGUAUAUAAGGUGCGUCGACGGCGAGAGAGUUUCUCAUCUUCUACAUCCCACGCACACCCUCCACCCAGCCUUUCACAAACACAAAAUGUCCAUGACUGUUAAGGCGUACGGUGUUACCGGUUUCAACGAGCCUGUGAAGCCAGUCACGAUUCAGCGUCGCGCUCCGGACGCCAACGACGUGGUCAUCGACAUCAAGUACACGGGCAUCUGCCACAGCGACAUCCACAUCACUCGCGGGGAAUGGGGCCCUUUCCCCUUCCCCUUGGUCAUCGGCCAUGAGAUCGCCGGUGUCGUUCGCAGCGUCGGCAAGAACGUCACCAAGUUCAAGGUCGGCCAGCACGUCGGUGUCGGCUGCCUGCUGAACUCGUGCCGCUCCUGCGAGAGCUGCAAGGACGGCGAAGAGCAGCACUGCACCGGAGACGGGAAGAUCAACGGCGGCGUCCAGACCUACGGUGGCCAGGACCCGAAGGAGAACUUCGCGCCGACGGCAGGUGGCUAUUCGCAGAUGAUUGUCGUCGACCAGGACUUCGUUCUGAACAUUCCGGAGAGCCUGCCCCUGGAUAAGGUGGCCCCGUUGCUCUGCGCCGGUAUCACCAUGUACUCGCCUCUGCGCCACUGGAAGGCUGGUCCGGGCAAGCGUGUUGCCAUCAUCGGCCUGGGUGGCCUCGGUCAUGCCGGCGUCAAGAUCGCCAGGGCGCUCGGCGCUGAGGUUACCGUGCUCUCGCAGUCUCUCAGCAAGAAGGAGCAGGGCCUCAAGCUCGGCGCCGACAAGUACUUCGCGACGGCGGAUCCCGAGACGUUCACGACGCUGAAGGGCCAUUUCGACCUCAUCAUCAACACCGUGUCCGCGAACCUCGACCUCAACCAGUACACGUCGCUCCUUCGCCGGAACGGCAGCCUCGUUGAGGUCGGUAUCCCCGAGCACCCGAUGAGCGUGCACGCGUUCAGUCUCGUUGCUGGCCGCCGCAGCCUCGCUGGCUCCUGCAUCGGUGGCAUCAAGGAGACGCAGGAGAUGCUCGACUUCUGUGCGGAGCACGGUAUCACUGCCGAGAUCGAGACCAUCCCGGCGUCGUACAUCAACAAGGCUUGGGAGCGUGUCGGCAAGUCGGACGUUCGCUUCCGCUUUGUCAUCGACAUUUCGACGAUCUGAGCGCAGUCGACGAUCCUAAGCGCAGUCUGAAAGUGUGCCCGGCAUGUACAAGGAAUAGAGCUAGUAAAGAUGUAUAGUACAUACGACGGUGUAUCGCGGCAUCAAGAAUUCAUUGCAUCAUCACAGUCUGAGUCCAA